CGGAACGACCUCCUCCGGUCUUAAUCCUCUACUUCUCGUCGCGUAAGAUCGAACCAAUCUCAAACCCUAAAUUCUACAAAACACCGGAAAUGCUCUUCGCUCGCAUCUCCCGCCAAAAGCAACUCCUAUUCUCAUUCUACCUGAGAAUCCUCGAGCGCCAUUUCUCCACCUCUACCACCUCCAAACUUCACGAUUAUUACUGCUUCAAACCCCCACCAACGCUCUCCCCAAAUCACCAAAACCCUUUUACUAACCCUACAACGAAUAACAAGAAGAAGCAAAAACCCCGGUACCGCCCACCCUCGUCUCUGGAAGGUGUAAAGAAGGUUCACUGCGACCUGCCGUUCGAUUUCCGGUAUAGUUACACGGAAAGCAGUCCGAACGUGAGGCCUAUUGGACUAAGGGAGCCUAAGUACUCACCGUUUGGACCGGGUCGUCUGAACCGAGAAUGGACCGGGGUAUGUGCUCCGGCUGUGGACCCGAAGGUGAGGUCCGUAGAUGGAGCCGAUGAUCCGAAAUUGGAGGAAAAGAGGAGGAAGAUGAGACAGAGAAUCCAGGGGACGCCACUCACUGCAGCGGAGAGGAAGAUUUUAGUGGACAAGUUUCAGAGAAAUCGAACAAAUAGGCAAAUUAAUUUAGGGAGAGAUGGUUUAACUCACAAUAUGCUGGAUGAGAUUCAUAAUCAUUGGAAGCAUGCUGAAGCUGUCAGAAUUAAAUGUCUUGGUGUCCCUACUGUUGACAUGAAAAAUGUCCGCACCCAGCUUGAGGAUAAAACCUUCGGAAAGGUCAUCCAUAGGCAUUGUGGUACACUUAUAUUGUACAGAGGCAGGAACUAUAUCCCAAAGAAAAGGCCUAAGAUUCCACUGAUGUUGUGGAGACCCCACGAGCCAAUAUAUCCUAGACUAAUCAAAACGACAGUUGAUGGGCUGAGCAUUGCGGAAACAAAAGAAAUGCGAAAGAAAGGACUGGCAGUUCCUGCUUUGACAAAACUUGCAAAAAAUGGUUAUUAUGGUAGCCUAGUACCUAUGGUCAGGGACGCCUUCCUCGUGAGUGAGCUGGUACGGAUAGAUUGCCAGGGCCUGGAGCGAAGUGAUUAUAAGAAAAUAGGCUGCAAACUUAGGGACCUGGUUCCUUGUGUGCUGGUGACAUUUGAUAAGGAGCAGAUCGUGAUAUUGAGGGGUAAAGACUAUAAACCUCCAGAGGAUGGACAGUUCUUUGUUGGUCGGGAAUAUUUUGAUAACCCAGAUGAUAAUUCAAUUUGCUCUGAUGUGGAGGAACAUGAUAUAGCUUAAAUGAGAUCAACAGCUAAUGUUACUACUCUGGUGAGGACGUGUAGUUAAUUCUAUGGCUAAAAGACAAGCUUCAACAUGAGAUGAUUUUGUUGGACCCACCAGCAACUAAGGACCAUCGAAAGAAAUGAAAUUGGCCAUGUGGGUACGAAGAUAAGCGAGUUAAUUUAUCUUCCUCAAGAAGGUGAGUUUUGUAAAUUUGUGAAACAAUUCUCUGGGGGUCCGGCCAUAAUUAUUGGUGCUCUUUCCUGCCUGAUAUCGGAAAGAAAAUUAAAAUCAUGGAUGGAAAGAUGCCGGAUGAGAACAUGUUCAUUCAGAUUAUACUAGUAAGCUGUGUUAUAGAUUUUCCUUUGUUUCUUUUGUAGAUCCUUAAAAUGUGGAUUGCAGGAUCAGAUUAGAAAAUGAGGGUGUGCACAUGCAGCUGCACUUUAUUAGAGAUUGGAUCUGAAACAUGGCAUGAUGCCAUACAAGCAUCUGACUGAUUUUCUCAUGGGAAAGGAUUAGCAUUUUGUAGCCUGAGUUAUCUGUAAAACGGUCCGUUCCCUUUCUUGUCAGCCAAUUUAAUUGCUUUAUUAAAGACAUUAUUUAUUGUGUAUUAA